AUGCUCGUUCAUUUCAUUGUUCAUGAAUCAUUUGAGGCGCCAGGUGCUUACGAAACCUGGGCUUUAGAGCGAGGAUACAAUGUCACAUUCACCCGGCUGUAUCUGGGCGACACUCUCCCUGGUACUGUGGACUCACUCGAUAUACUUAUCGUCCUAGGAGGCCCCCAGACUCCAUCAACCACAAAAGACGAGUGUCCGUACUUUGAUGCCGCAGCUGAAAGGAAGUUCAUUCUCCAAUGCAUCAAUGCGGGGAAUGCAGUCGUGGGGAUCUGUUUAGGCUCUCAGCUCGUGGGCGAGGCUCUUGGAGCAGCCUGGGAGAAAAGCCCAGAGACGGAGAUCGGUAACUUCCCCAUCACUCUGACCACGACCGGGAGGAGCAAUGACAAAUUCGGGCAUUUUGAUCUCUCGGUAGAAGUCGGUCAUUGGCACAACGAUAUGCCGGGACUGUCUCCUGAAGCUAAAAUCAUUGCUUCCAGCCAGGGCUGCCCCCGCCAGAUUGUCGAAUACACCAAUCUGGUGUAUGGAUUUCAGUGUCACAUGGAAUUAACUACUGAAGUGAUUGAGGGUUUGAUAGAAGCAAGCAAGGAUGAAUUGCCGGGUCUUAUCGAACGCAAAUAUGUUCAACAGCCUGACAUUUUGCGGGCAAACGACUAUGCGAAGAUGAACGAGACACUUGCCAUCUUCCUAGAUCGCCUCACAGAGGCGUAUCAUAUAGCCCGUCACCAAUAG